AUGAUGAUGAAGAAGAUGUUUGUUCAGAUCGCUGUGGUUUGUCUAUUGGCGACGAUCGCCGUCGUCUCCGGCCACGAAGGUCACCACCAUGCUCCGGCUCCGGCACCAGGACCGGCAGCUAGCUCAGCCGUCGUUGCAUCCACCAAUAUGUUCACCGGUUUGGCUUUUGUCGUUGUGGCUCUCGUCGCUGGCUUAAACCACUAA